ACCAAAACUCACACCAUACUCAGAUUUUACACCAAAUAAAUGACGUUACACCCCUCUUUCUCCUGCUUCUCUUUCUACCUUGUUUUCUCCUUUGUCACCUCACUCCCUCUCGGAACAAGGUCCACCUCCUUGACUACACCCAAGGACAUAAUCAACGAGACCUGCCAAAAAUGUGCCAACCAAUCCAUCAUCUUGAGCUACGGCCUAUGCUCGACUUCUCUCCCAGAAAUUCCAGUGAGCCACUCGGCCAAUCUGGAAGGGUUGGCUUUGGUUGCAAUGGAGCUAGCCCUAGAGAACGUGACUAGCACGCUUGCGACGAUAGAGAAGCUGUUGGAUAGUACGAGCUUGGAUAACUUUGCUUUGGGGUGCUUAGCGGAUUGCUUGGAACUAUACUCUGAUGCUGCAUGGACGAUAGUGAACUCCGUAGGGGUUUUCUUGUCUGGGAACUAUGAAGUAACUAGGACGUGGAUGAGUUCGGUCAUGGAAGCAGCGUCCACGUGCCAGCAAGGUUUUAGUGAGAGGGCUGAGGUUUCUCCUUUGACGCAGGAGAAUUAUAAUCUCUUUCAGUUGUGUGGUAUUGCGCUUUGCAUCAUUCACAUGGCUACCCCUGAAGCACCUUUUACUUAAUUAACCCGCUCAUCAAUUUGGUACUAUAUAUAUAUAUAUAUAUAUAUAUAUAUGUUGUCUUCCAUAAUAAAGUGAGUGAUAGAAACGUUGUAUCUUGAAGAGAGAGAGAGAGAGAAAUUAUGGGAGGAAGACUGAGGAGAGAUAGAUGCUAGCUAGACAUCGAUUAGAAGCAAUUAUGUAUUUUUUUUUUUAAAAUAUAGUGAUUUUGUUUUGAAACUACAUUA